UUGAUAUGUGUGUCAACUACUGCUUCAUCUCGCGUUCCCUUAGAUCAGCUUUGUGCGAUUUAGGUGGAUGACUACGAAACCUAUUUCAAUUUUUUAAAAACUACUACUUUUUUUUGAUUAUAUUCAAACUCGUGUCUUUUUGUUUAUGGUUUUCUAUUAAUUUAAUGUCAUGCCUGAUUGCGCCUAUCUCGCUUCGUUGAUUCCAUCGAAAAAGUUCUUGGUUGGAGCUUUGCGAGAUCAAAUCGGCCUAUCUGAAAAGAGAAAAAAUGACAGAAAUGAAGCCGUCGUCGAUGUACAUGCCAGGAGCUGCGUGGAUCGUCUUUCUGGGAGGGGAGAUGGAGGUAGUUUCUCUUUGUCGCCCUGCCCGGAAGAUCCGUCAGCAGCAGUUAUCGUCCGUGUAACGACCAAAGCGAAAAGAAGGCGUUGCCGUAGGGAUGCUCAUGCUGAAUUGAAAAGAGACCGAAACGAUUGCGGCUACGCCGACGAACAAAAUAUGCCUUCAUCGAAAUCGACUUCACCAGACGAAGUCUUCUCUGGUCGUCGUACAGAAGCGAAAUCACCCAAGACCCCGGUCCUCGUGAAUGCGGAUGACAGGAGCCAGGAGGGAAGACACGCGGGUCAAGAGCAGGGUGGAUCCGCUCUCCACGAAGAUGUUCUACAGCAAGGAGAAGCACCACAACGGGAGCGGGCUGCCCCUCUAGCGGAUCGACCGGCAUCAACAACUGCAGCUUAUCAAGCCGCUGACCAAGGCGGAAGUGAGGUGUCAGAUACCAGAAUUUUGUACGAGUACGAAGAACUAGCUUCUGGUGUGGUGUUUUUGGACAGCGCUCGAGCUGUGUAUUACUUUCUCCGAAAGUAUGCGCAAGGACCGGAACGGGGAGCAACGGCUGAAAUUUUGCUUCGAGGAUGUCCAGAGAAGCUGAAAGUGUACGAGGCUCUUCUUCGCAAGGAGGAGGAAGAGAAUGCCAGGAUUUUCGCAUCUGACUAUCACUCCGGAACCACGCGAUGUGGAGCUUCCACUUCAACUUCCGGCUCCGGUAUUACUGACGAAUCGGGGAGAAUCGCAACGACGAUAUCAGAGGCCCGCAAAACCAGAACCGCAAAGAUGACACUGAAGGAAGCUGAAGCUGAGUCUGAGUCUCCUGCGACGACGCCCGAAUCCGGAACGUCGUUUGCUUCAUCGCAGCAAAAGCCGAGCGAAACGGCAUCAACAAGAAAGAAUGGCAAAAGCCCAAGCGGUGCUGGAAAAGAAGAUCACGACCAGAUGAAAGUAGUAGCCGACGCUGCCAUUGACUCGUCCACACCACAGUCAUCGGCGAAGGCUCAGACCAAACACACCAAGCAGUCAAAGGCUGACGCGUCACACUCAACGUUUCUGCAUGAUGAAAGUAACGUGCCGUCCUCUAACAGUUCGAUGGGUGACGGAGAAGGGGAGUUUGAUAUUGUGGUUCGGAAAGGCCAUCUGCAAUUGUGGAACGAUCCUUUGAAAAAUCUUGUGCUUCGGACGAACCAAGUGCUAUCAUCAUCGAUAUCAAGCACCUCAACAUGUCAAGAUGAGAUUAACCUAAGCAGUGCAAGACCGCGCAGCAAUUCAGUGGGCUGCAAUGCAUCUUCCUCUACCUCUUCUACAGAAGGCGCCGAUGGAAGUGCAAAAAUCUCAAGGCAAGGCAGUCUGGCGAAUUCUGAACCGAUUUCAACAACAACGUUUUUGCCAAGGAACGCAGAGACUGUUAAGCCUGCAGGUGUCGACAACAUCUUGAAGGUGGAUCCCGCAAGUUGUACAAAAGAACAUGUAGAUCAAAUGAGUCGAUCUUCGUCUACCAAUAGCAAUCGUGCGGCUGGUUUGUCGGUGGCAGCGCCGCCAAAGAAAGAGCGGAGGCGUCCCGUACCAUCAGGAGCGAAGUUGACGAUUCCCAUGGAAUGUGCGGAAGUCUUAGUUGUUUCGUCUUCGCUGUUAAUAGUCACUCACUCUUACAAGUCAGCAGGUGUGCUCCCGUUACAAGGUCCCGAGCAAGAUGAUCAUCUGCUUGAUGAUGUAUCAUCUCCUGCGGAAGCCCUGCUGGAUAUGCCGCGCAUUUUGUACGGUGUCGUGCUUCAUCGAGCGGGACUGUUGCAGAUGGAUAAUCUCGCGCAUAUCUUACGUCAGCGAUGUGGCUGUGUCCUCUCCGAGCCGCGCUUUGAAAACCGGGCAGAGCUUGUUGGCUACUGGGCUCGAGCUGGGGCCUUGGGAAUCGGCAACGUUAUCCGAGGUGGCGCGUCAUUGUAUGAACUCAAGAUAAUUCAAAUUCAAAAUGUUAAUCUCCUCUUCAAUUUCAAACCAGUUUUUUGAAAUUUGAACUCGAUAAUCACGACUAGUACGGAGGGCGACACAAUCGCUUCCGAAGAUGUUUGGAAUUCUAGUACGUGAACCUGUAGUAUGACUCUUGCAUAAAAAGUGCCGUCGCCCUGGACGAUAUGUCUUUGUUCUAAUCAAUACUCUCCCGAGGAAUCACGCUUGCAGGUGGGACAGCAAUCAAGCGUGAAUGGAUUCCCAAAGCAGGAGAGCAAGUCGCCAUCGCGUCCCCAAUUAAGACAGGGGUACGCUACACCCGCAACGCUUCACAUUGGCUUUCGGAUUCUACGCGACACACGCUCGCAAGAGCAGUGAAGGAUGUCAGCAGAGCAGUGAACACUCGUUUUCAUGAUCACUUUGAAGAAAGGACUACCUCUUCCUUUUUGAUGUUCUCUUCCUCUAGCGCUAGUCGCGAAGGAGAAAGAAAAAGCACGCAAGGCCCAGGUAAAAGAGAGGAAAACAACGACAGGAACGCACUGAGUCACGGAUCUGCUUCAAGUUCAUCAAGCCAAAGAAGAGAAAAGUCUUUAUCGAGCAACACCGAUGAUCACGUAGGCGAAGCAUGCUUCGAAAAGAAAACGCAAAAGGACAAGCGCACCCGGCCAGAGCAGUCAGCGGAGACACCAGAAACACAAAAGGUCAACGAGGGACCAAUCAGCGAUUCGUCAAUGGUAAGAACAAAAUCAAAGCGGGCUCAACAAGGCUCUCGAAUGCCAGAGGGUAUCAACAAGUCUGCCUCGGUAAGCGCGGCCAAGGAGGUCAAAAUGGAACACCAUGGAGGAAGCGCGUCAUGUUUUUCGUCAUCUGAAGACAGAGAUGUGAGGCCGACUCAGACACAAUCAUCUGCUACUGAUGAGUCGUCCGCACAUGAAAAAACUCUUUCAUCCGGCUUCGAGACACCAUCUUACCCGUCCUGGUAUAAGCCUGAGCAUGGAAAUACUGCGAAAACUUUGGGCCUGAGUAGUCUUAUGGCAGGCGUAGAAAUUUUUAGUGCAAUAUACGACGCAACGGGAGAGAUCGUGUCGUCGGCGGCGCAUGUUACAGCCGAAGUAGUAGGCCACCGCUAUGGCGAGGAUGCUAAGGCAGUAGCACAAGAUGGCGUUAGAAUAGCACAAAACGUGAUCGAAAUUAAGGAGCAACUUACUGGAAAAGCGGUGGCAACGCAGGUGGCGAAGGAGUCACUGUAGAAAUCAGCUUUUGGUUACAAUUUUUUGCGUCCAUUUUUGAGUGUUUCAUGGAUGAUUUUUUGGGAGCUUCGCAGCUGUUGAAAAAUAUCACAAGUUCAUGAUCUUGUUUGUUCUUGACUUAGAUAGUGGCUUAGAGUACAUUGGGCGAAGUGAUAGGUACAGGUCUCAUCCCCCUCCCUAGCUCCCCAUAGUUAGGUCUCCGACGCGAGGCGUGCUGCAAAUCUAUAUUCGACGUCCCAAAAAUAUCGCCUUUUUGGGAGGGUGUAGGUCCCGCGACGCUCAAAGCACACAAAGUAAAUUAGCCGGCUAAUUUCCCUCGAUAGUUCGGAGGUCGUUCGUAACCAUAUGCGCAACACAUUAUGGCAUGCAAAUCCUUUCACAGUUUCGUUGAUAUUGGUUUUGGUGGUAUCACUUUGAUGACUUCAUCUUCAGGAACUGUAGGUGUUAUUUUGUUGAAUGCGCACUACACAGGGACUCCUACAGUGCCUACGAGGCGUCACGUGUGCGAUCCGGAGCGGAGUGGUCGAAUGAGGGACUUCCAGACAUUCAGAUUCUGUACAGUGACGCCGAUUCUGAAGGCACGUCGUUUGUCAGAAACAAUCGGAUGUGUGGUGCUUGAUCUGUGCUAUAAUCCGAGACAGACACGGGCGCACGCGAAUUCAUAUUACAAUGCUGUAGCGGAGGAGAUAUGCCUUUGUGGUGUGCAACAAAAGCAGAAGAUACACAUGCACGACUGCUCAUCGAACAAUGUAUGUGGUCCCAAACCCCAUCCUUCCUGCACAACCCACAAAAUUUUUGGUUCAUGUGCCCUAUGGAUUCAUUCUACAGUUUUUUCCAGUAUCCUUUAUCUUUCAAUGCGUUCAACACAUAAACAAGCCAAUGACAGGUUUGUUCUUGUUUUGUCGACCCGACAUGAUAACGGUAUUCAUAGGCGCAUAGAUGCAAAAUUAAGUGCAUAGCACACGCACAAAAUGUACCUACACAUAAGAAUAUUCAGAACGUCUAAUGGAAUUUCAGCAUUUCUACACAUAAGAAUAUUCAGCCCGUGGGGUAUGUGCGAGUUUUUUUCGUCUUCUGUUUGCAUCCAAUGACAUGCCAUGCAAAGAAGCCGCCAUGAAGAGGCGUCUAUCUAAGUCUAUGCUGGACUUCAUUCUCAGUGAAACGCACAAAUCUAGUCUCCUGCACUCAACCAGAGACUGGCGAUUGAGUACGCUUAGAAUACCGGAUUGAACUCCUUAAUUCGAAAACCGAGGUACUCACGUGAGCCGGAAGUGAUAAUAGACUCCAGCCCCAUAAACAUAAUUCGCAUUUUUUUUUCUAAUCAUGGAAAUGGAAUGUUGACCUCCUAAGAGAAGGCACUAACUAUCAACUUUUAUUCUCGUUCUCCGUACUACUAC